AUGUAUAGCAAUAGUGAUAAUAACAUUAAUAAUAAUAAUAACAAUAACAAUAAUGGCAAUAAUAAUAUAUUUAAAAGACCACCAAAACAAACAAAUACACAACAUUUUCAAUACCCACAUCAAGGUGGAAUCAAACAAAAUUUAAACCAAAAAAGAAAAGUACCAGAACCAAUUGAAAAUAAUUUUAGGGAUGAUAAAAAUAACAAUAAUAUAAUAUAUGAUAAUUUUCAAAAUGAUAUUCGAUAUAAUGACCUAAAUAAAAAUCACUCCCCAACAAAAAGAAAUGAAGUUUAUAAAGAUAUUUUAAAGUUCACAGAAUUUCUUUCAAAUGUUGAACAAUUAAAUUCAGAUUUAAAAGAAUCAAAAGAUACCCUAAAUUCAAUUCAAUUAGAUUUAAGUAUUUUAGAAACUAGACUGAAAGGUUUAAUUGGUUUAAAUUCUAUUGUAAUGCUUCAAAAACAACAACAACAACAACAACAACAAUAA